AUGACCCUGGACAGGCUGGGGGAACGGUCCGCCAUGCUGUGGACAUUCAGUGUCUUGCUCUUUUGCAUUCGGCUGAAUCUGGGUAUAACAUCAAUAGUGGUGCAAUCUCAACCGGAGCUAUGGAUAGAGACCAACUACCCCCAGGACCCUUGGGAGAACAUCACACUUUGGUGCAAAAGCCCCUCUUGGAUUUCAAGCAAGUUUCUGCUGCUGAAGGAUAAGACACAAAUGACUUGGAUCCGCCUUUCCUCCAAGACCUUCCAAGUUUCAUUCCCUAUAGGUGCCCUUACUAAGUCCAAUGCAGGUCUCUACAGGUGCUGCUACUGGAAGGAGACAGGCUGGUCAGAGCCCAGUAAAGUUUUAGAGUUGGAGGUACCAGGCCAGCUGCCCAAGCCCAUCUUCUGGAUCCAGGCUGAGACCUCCCCUCUUCCUGGAUGUAAUGUUAACAUACUCUGCCAUGGCUGGCUGCAGGAUUUGGUGUUCAUGCUGUUCAAAGAGGGAUAUGCAGAGCCCGUGGAUUACCAAAUCCCAACUGGGACAGUGGCCAUAUUCUCCAUUGCCAACAUGACACCUGAAAGUGAAGGGGUUUACAUGUGCCACACUCAUAUCCAGAUGCUCCCCACUCUGUGGUCAGAGCCCAGCAACCCCCUGAAGCUGAUAGUUGCAGGUGGGUGUGGCUAUGGCUGCUGGGGUCUGAUGAUUGUUGUCCCCGGAAUCAUGGCUGGAUGA